AUGGAUGUGAUUGUAUCAAGAGAUGGGCAUGAUCUGAAUUUUAAUUUGGCAUCAAGAAAAGCCCAAGAAGCAGCUUGGAGAAGGUAUCAAGCAACCGAAUGGCUUGAAACGAUUGUGGGUCCGUUAGGAAUACCGAAACAACCAUCGGAGAAAGAAUUUGUUUCGUGUUUGAGAAACGGGUUGAUUCUUUGUGAUGCUAUUAACAGAAUUAAACCUGGGUCGGUCCCAAAGGUUGUGAAGAUUACUACUUGUCCUUCACAAACCCUAACAUGGGAUUCUCAGCCAUUACCUGCUUAUCAGUUCUUUGAGAAUGUUAGAAACUUUUUGAAAGCGGUUGAAGGACUAAAGUUGCCUGUAUUUGAAGCUUCUGUAUUCGAAAGGGAAAACAUGGAGACGGGAUCUUCGUGUACUAAGAUCGUUGAUUGCGUAUUGGGACUUAAAGAAUACUAUGAAAGGAAACAGAAAAAAGAAGGGAAUGCAUCUUCUAAGUAUACUUUGAGAUCUCCAAUGAGUGUUCGUUCAAAUGGUAGGAACCCUAAAGACGCAUUGUUUGUAGACCCAAAUACGCAAUUGGAUGUAUCUACCCACUGUGAAAAGCAGUCGCCGACUCAACCUGAUGCUCGAAUAAAUGAAGAUUCUAUAAUCAAGGCCUUAGCAGAUUGUAUGAUUGAUGCAAAAGAGAACUUAGACGGCAGCUUGUUGUCUUCUCUUCGUAAUGGAGAUACGGAUAUUGUCAAGUUGUUUCGUAAGAUACUUUCGAGUACAUUUGAAGAACAGCUUAAGUACAAGUUCCCUGAGUUGACCCCUACUAUCAAAGACUUAAUAAAAGAUAAAAGUGGAUCGAUCACGGGGUCAUCAGCUUCAUCGCCUCUAAAUUCAUCCACAACUGAAAAUGGAAAAUGUUGUCAAUCUGUUGAUUGCAAACACUGGCAGAUGUUUCAAGUUCAAGAAAGGGAGCUAAUGAACUUAAAAGCGUUGUUGUCAAGGACAAAAGCAGAGUAUGGAAAUAUGCAGGCACAGUUGCAAAUCGAUUUUAAACACUUGGAGAGUCAAGUAGAGGAGUUAUCCGCUGCUGCCCAGGGAUAUCAUAAGGUCGUCAAAGAAAACCGGACCUUGUACAACAUGGUUCAGGACUUAAAAGGAAACAUUCGAGUUUACUGCAGGAUCCGACCUGCAUUUAGAUCUGACACAAAAAACGUCAUUGAUUUUAUUGGAGAUGAUGGCUCCUUAAUCGUUUUUGAUCCCUCAAAACCACUUAAAGAUGGAAAGAAGCUGUUCCAGUUUAACCGUAUCUUUGGUCCUACCGCCACUCAGGAGGAUGUAUUCGCAGACACCCAGCCACUUAUAAGAUCUGUUAUGGAUGGUUAUAAUGUGUGCAUUUUUGCAUAUGGGCAGACGGGAUCUGGAAAAACGCAUACAAUGUGUGGACCUACUGGUGCAUCUGAAAAAGAACUGGGAAUCAACUAUUUAGCUCUGAAUGAUCUCUUUGAUCUCUCGAAUAGCAGAAGAGAUGUUGUGAAAUAUGAGCUCUAUGUACAAAUGGUGGAAAUUUACAAUGAGCAAGUAAGAGAUCUUCUCACUUGUGAUUCUGCACCCACCACUAAACUGGAGAUCCGUAGCUGCACUGCUGAGAAUGGAUUGAGCCUUCCUGAUGCAACCAUGCUCCCAGUGAGUUCUACCGCCGAUGUUCUGAACUUGAUGAAAACUGGUCAAGUAAAUCGCGCAGUUAGUUCAACUGCACUGAAUAACCAAAGCAGCCGUUCCCACAGCAUAUUGACUGUACACGUCCAUGGAAAAGAUGUAAAUGGAGGCACCCUUCGUAGCUGCCUUCAUUUGGUCGACUUAGCAGGAAGUGAAAGGGUGGACAAGUCAGAAGUCACAGGGGAUGGGCUUAAAGAAGCUCAGUACAUAAACAAGUCACUUUCUUGUUUAGGAGAUGUGAUUACUGCCUUAUCCCAGAAGAACUCAUACAUCCCAUACAGAAACAGCAAACUCACACUACUACUUCAGAAUUCUUUAGGAGGAAAUGCAAAGACAUUAAUGUUUGCUCAUGUGAGCCCAGAAGGUGAUUCUUUUGGGGAGACUGUUAGUACAUUGAAGUUUGCUCAACGGGCCUCGACUGUUGAACUUGGUGCAGCUCGAUCGAAUAAAGAAAGCCGGGAAGUCAUGGACCUUAAAGAACAGAUUGAGACCCUGAAAAGACAAUUGGGUGAAAAGGAGCCACAAAGUGCACAACAUUCCAACAAACUGGAAGCAAAAUCGCCAUUACAGAGACAAAAAGCAACACCAAUGACUUUAGAAAGAACUCCACCCCGUACUCGAAGAUUGAGCAUUGAGAAAUGUCCUCCAAAGAGUCCCAUUCCAGCAAGUUCUGCUUCUGUAAACAGGCAACCGAAACCAGAUGGAAGGCUGCUACCUAAAACACCUGAGCCUCCUCAAGUGUCCAUCAGAAACGAGAUCAUAAUCUCUUCUGAAAUUAGAACAAGCACAGCGAAUGGGAAAUCAUCACAUAUAAGAAAAUCAAUUCGGACCAUUGGGAAGCUGAUUAAUGGCUCAGAAAAACGGAUCCAACAGAAAGCAGCAAAUGAGAUGCAAUCAUUGGCACCUCUAAGCAGUGCUAAGCCAUCAAGACGACAGUCAUUAACUGGGGUUCAGCCACCAGACGGAUGGUCAAGGAGAUCUUCACCUGGAGAAGUGGACCCUUGUGUGGAUAAAAACAGGAAUGCAAAAACGCCUCCACCACCCAACCGUACAAGCAAGACAAAGUGGAUGUAAACUUGGGGGCUGAGUUAAGAAAAGAAACUUUGAUGGCUUUGACUCGAAGCAUUAGUAUUGACUUUCGCUUAGAAUACAAAAAAAUUGUCAAUCUUUCAGUUCGGCAUUAUUAGUUUUAGUUGCAGUAUAAUGUACAAAAAUUGGUCGCACAUAAUCUUUGGUUUUCCACAUUAUCAAUAAUUCAUUUGAUUGAUUUA